GCGUUGAACCAAUGGUUGAAAGUCUACAAUACACCAGAGGGGCCUCGAGCGAGCAAUCUCGUACUCGAAAGCCUAUCUACAUGCACCGGUUACACAAUGAAAAAGUCGGAUUCUCCAAACACGAGGAACUAGAGGCUUGAAGGAUUGUUUGAGAGUGAAAUACAAACUGCGAUACAAACCUAUUCAUCGACAACGAAGUAAGAUACAAGAUUUCGAUUCAGAACUCUACUGACUGGUCAGUACGUUCCCUCAUCCAGCAAAGAGACGUUGACAAUCCACAACCCCAAAGACGACAGCCUUGUUACGGAUAAAGUCCAAGCUGCCUCUGAGCGAGAUGUCGACAAAGCUGUGGCAGCGGCGAAGGCUGCGUUUCCGGGAUGGAAACGUAUACCAAGUAGCAGACGCUCAGCGAUAAUGCUCAAGUAUGCGGACCUCGUUGAACAACAUAGCGACAAGAUAUCUCAUCUAGAGUCAAUCUCAAUGGGACAACCAAUUUGGCUGGCCAAAGCCAUCGUGGGGAUGCAAGUGGCAAGUUGGCGGUACUAUGCAGGUUUUACGGAUAAGAUUCCCGGUGAGACUUAUCCAGAGAAUGGUGACGGUUUCUUCAAAAUGGUGAAUUAUGAACCAUUGGGUGUCUGCGCGGGAAUUUCAGCUUGGAAUGGUACGCAAUUUUCAGUUGCCAGGAAGAUUGCUCCUGCUGUUGCUGUCGGAAACACCUAUAUCUUCAAAUCGUCCGAAAAGAGUCCACUGGGCGUGCUGUACCUUGGGAAGCUUUUCAAGGAAGCAGGGUUUCCUCCCGGCGUGGUCAACCUUCUAUCGGGAUCUGGCAGAGUUGGAGCAUUGCUGGCAUCACACAUGGACAUUGCUCACAUUACUUUUACGGGCUCGGCCGCUGCAGGAAGGCAGGUUCAAAUUGCAGCCGCCAAAAGUAAUUUGAAACACGUUGUUCUCGAACUUGGAGGGAAGAGUCCAGCACUCAUCUUCAAUGAUGCCAACCUUGACAACGCCGUUGCACAUAACUCUCGUGGAUUCCUGCUCAACAGUGGUCAGAUAUGUAUGGCGGGUUCGAGGAUCCUGGUACAAAGUGGAAUCGCGCCAAAGUUUAUUGAAGCCUUGAAGGCAGCAUUCAUCAAAUUAAACGACCUUUUGGCCGACCCAGCUCUGGACAGUACUUAUCUAGGUCCACUUGCCGACAAGGCUCAGUUUGAAAGAGUCAUGAGCUACCUCGAAGGUGCUAAAAAGGAUGGCAUAGAAGUUUUGACAGGAGGUGGCCGUAAAGGGGACAGGGGUCGUUUCGUCGAACCCACCAUUCUCAUGGACCCAGACGUUACAGCCAAGGUCUACACUGAGGAGAUUUUCGGACCGGUUGUUGUGAUAAAGACGUUUGAGACUGAAAAGGAAGCUAUCGAAAUGGCCAACAAUACAAGCUAUGGCCUUGGAGCUACUGUCUACACCAACGACAUCACCAGGGCACUCCGAGUCACCGCGGAGCUGGAGGCAGGCACCGUCACGGUCAAUUCAUUUCACCGACUCGUACCGGAAACUCCCUUUGGUGGCAAGAAGCAAAGUGGCUACGGCAGAGAAGGAGGAUUCGAAGGCAUAAAACUAUUUUUGGAAGCCAAGACAGUCCAAAUCAACAUGACUAUGCCCGAAGAUUGAUGAGGCAUGGAACCAGUAUUGAAUCUGGAUGCAAGGUAACAGGAAAACAGAGUGGCUGGCUGGUCUUUCGGCCUUGGAAAAAUGCAAGGAACGCGCUUUCAUAACCGGAAGAUAUAUUUGAUAACGCACCAAAUGCGUAGGUUUGCGAGAGGUCGGACACUGGCCAGAUUAAAUAGCUUCCCACAAGUGGCUUCAGGCACAAAUGGCCC